UUGGUUAGUUCGAAAGUUGCUAAAGAAACCACAUCGUCACCAGACAGUUCUGUAACCAGCGUACAUUGUGGUUCCCCGAGUUCCAGCAGCCAACCAAAAUUCGACUUCACACAACUUGCCAAGAGUAUCGAGAAUGAGAAGAAGGUAUCAGAUGGCUACAGUAUCUAUAAUCACUGUCUAGGCGGUGGUAGAGCUUCAAGGCCAAAAAAGGAGUUCAUCUGCAAAUACUGUAACCGUCACUUUACUAAGUCUUAUAAUCUGUUAAUUCAUGAGCGUACCCAUACCGACGAGAGACCCUAUGUUUGUGAAACCUGUCAUAAAGCUUUUCGAAGACAAGAUCAUCUUCGUGAUCAUCGAUUCAUUCAUUCAAAAGAGAAACCAUUUAAAUGCAAAAUGUGCCAAAGAGGGUUCUGUCAGUCACGCACACUACAGGUCCACUUAGUAUCCGCUCAUAAAGAACCUGGAAACGAACUCCGAAAAACUCAAAAACCUGUUCCGAUCAAAUCCAGUACCUCACUGUCCAACUUCUAA